AUGGCAGAUCAUGGCCACGAUAACCGCCUUGCCCUCGCCUCACAGCUGGACGAGCUCGACGCUCACCUCGACGAGCUGCAGCAGCAAGACGACCCAUCUGCUCACUUCAACUCCUCACUCUUCGAUCGCAUCAACUAUCAACUGGGUCCGGUCGAGUAUCCCGAGCUGACGGCCCGUCUGCUCCCAAAGGUCGCUGCCAUCAUCAAGAAAUGCGCCGCCGCCGCAGAGUCAUCCCCCGACUGGAAAGGCUACCCCCCACCGCUCAUCACCCUCACGGUAAAGCUCCUGCGGCCCUUGCCCUUCACGCAGGCCCUGGAGCUCUGCCAGCCAGAGUACCUGAUUACAGCACUCGCCUCCUCGGAGCCAUACAUCAACGAGCUCGCCCUUGCCAUCCUGGAGAAAGCGUCACGCUCUCCGUCCGACGCCUCUAUUCUCGCCUCGACGUCGGGCCUCCUGGAGGCCUUCCUUGACCGGUGGCUGCUGUCUCCUGCCGUGGGCGUUGGCCACCAAGGCGUCCUCAUCCUUGGCGAUCUGCUGGACAUCGACUGCCCUCUCUCACAGCCCGUCUUCACAGAAGACCAAAAACAGGUAUACGACAUUCGUCUUGUCCGCCGCGCUGCCCAGGGCCACGGUGCGAUAUGGCGCAGGCUGUUUGGCGACGAGGCACUGUGUUGGCAGGUUCUGCAGAGAAUGGACCUGCAUUUCCCAUCCUCGUCUACAGACCAGAAAGUCCUGGCCCAGCGAUCCUUUGCGCAGGACCGGUUACUGCGCUUGCUCCCGCGGCUGGCCGUGUUGGAUUUCGCGAGUCUCAAUAGGUCAACCACGCAACUGUCACCCAGCGGGCCAUCAGUAUCUCUGCUUGCCUUUGCGACGCUGUUCAUGGUCGACCGCCGCGGCGACGAAUUGAUGCACUUGACAUGGAUCGACUUCAUGCAGAAGCUUGUGGGCGCGCUGAGGGUCGCUGACACAGCCAAGCUAAGCGUCGACUCAUUGCGCACGCUGGUGAGGGACGCAGAUGAUACGCAGCUGUUCGAUGCGCUUUGGGGCAUGCCGGAGAACCUGGUCUGGACGCCCAUGGGAGAAGCUGAUGCGAUGCAGGCUUGGCUCCGGGAGGUCGCGCCGAGGCGGGCCUUAAGGAUAGAUGGGAUCAACGGCUACUAG